AUGGCCCAAGACGACAAGAGGGCCCUCAUCCUGGGCAUCUCCGGCUGCUCGUCCAGCGGCAAGACGACCCUCGCCCGCCUCCUGCGUGACAUCUUCCCCAGCACCUUUAUCCUGCACCAGGACGACUUUUACAGGCCCGAGACGGAACUGCCGUCAAAGAAUGGCCUCCUCGACUGGGACUGCGCCGAGGCCAUCGACGUCGUCGCCAUGGCCGACGCCCUCGCUUACAUCCGCCAGCACGCCGAGUUUCCCCCCACGCUAGACUCCAAGGAAGACCAAAACUCCGUCGGAAAAUGCCCCGUGCCCGACUCAACCAUCGCCGCCCUCAAAGCCAAAGUCUCGUCCGCGCUGCCGCCCUCCCACCCGCUGCUCCCCCGCGGCCCCAGCUCCGGCUCCAACUCCGGCUCCGGCGCCGACCCCGUCCCCAGCCUGCGCCUCUGCCUGCUCGACGGCUUCCUCCUCUACGGACCCUCCAUGGCCGCCCUGCGCUCCAGCUUCGACGUCAAGCUCUUCCUGCGCGCGUCGUACGCCCGCGCCAAGGCCCGCCGCGAGGCCCGCGACGGCUACGUCACCCUCGAGGGCUUCUGGGCCGACCCGCCCGGAUACGUCGACGCCAUUGUCUGGCCCAACUACGUCGAGGAGCACGCGUGGAUGUUUGAGAGUGGCGACGUCGAGGGCCGCUUCAGGGACGAGGUGCUGCGCGCCGAAGGCAUCAGGGUUCUCGAGGGGGCGCCCGUGGAUGCCGACAUGGAGCAGCUUCUGGAGUGGAUGGUGGAUUUGAUCUUAGAAGAAAUGCGCAAGCUGCAAUAG